CUUCAGCAAGGGCUGGUGACUGGAGGACAGAGGACCACGUGGGCACAAAGUAGAAGUUUAUUCCAAUGCAGAAUGUCUAGCCCUCGGCGCACAAGAAGAACUUCUUCUACAUGGGGAAAAGGAAAUCGAAAUAAACUCGUGAAAAAAUCAUUGCCGACGCUUCUUGUUGUUCAUGCGCUUUUAAUAUUACCCGUACUACACGCUUCCCCCGCCGGGCUGGCGCAGUUUCUGAAGCAGUACGAAGAGGCCGAGCAACUGUUUCUGGCGUUUUUCCGCAUAGUGCCGUCAACAACACUCCACGGUAGUACAGGCACUACGGUCGUGAGCAAUGGUCAUCAUCUCUCGACGACGCCCAGCGGGCAGGGAAAAAACGUUCUCCGAAUAUCUCGCACAACGCUGGUGGAGCCAGACUCGUCGUCCACACAAGAGGAACUCAUAUGCAUUGCAAAUAUGUCUGGGUCUGGAAGAAUGCAACUUGUGAUGCUGCAUUUGGAAACUACAAAAAUCUGUAUUGCAUGAACAGCUGCAUACGAGGCCCAGUUGUUGCCACUGCGAGAGGGCAUUUCUCAUGCGGUCUAGGCAUCAGGAAGCCCUCAUAAAACCUGUGAUGCUAGGGCAUGCAUCACAGACGUCAGGAGUCAUGCAAAAUGUGCAUGACAGACCUUGCAUCCUUCCAGACCCAGACAUUUUUGCAGUGCAUAACUCAAGUUUUGUCGCGAGUCGACCGGAGACUUCGAAGCGCCGUCCGUCCAGCGAGCGCUGCGCGCCGAGAAAUUUCUCUACCCGGCGACCCCGCAACUAGAACCGCUAAAACGCGCCGAGACGGUGCGCGCGCAGUGGAGCGUUUCUCGCCAUUGCUUCGUCGACGUCAAUGACCGGUGCUUGCUGGUGUCGUCUAGAAGUACUUCAUCCGGAGGUGGUAGUACUUCUAUUGGCGCGACAAGUAGUAGUUCUUCUGACCAUCCGCUGCCGUUUGGCAGCGACUCGGACUGCGGCAGGAGGUCUUCUACAACUACAUCAUCCGAUCAACAUCAGGGGCCAUCAUCAUCAUCUCUUCCGCUCUUCUCCGCUCGCACCAGCAGUGGCGCGUUACUGCAACAAGCAGAUGACAAGGCCGCACAGAUCCUGAAGCACGCGGCGCUUCUCGCCGACCAUCGCAACAGCCUGCAGCUGCUUGUGACCGAGGGGUAUGGGACUUUGCAGAAAACCUUGUACGACACAAACGCCGGCACGGAAAAGCGGUCGCGCGCGGUGCUGGUCCUGCGGCAAACGGUGACGAAUCUGCGACACUUGCUGCUACGGGACACGAGUCGGCCGGAUGGCACGUUGUCCUCGUUGCAAAACACCUGGAAGUUUUUCGCAGAAAACUUUCGGUCUCGCGUAUUGAGAGGAAAAAUCCCCUCUCCCCAAAUUAAAAAGGUACGUUUCCAAAAAUUUGUGUUGCGGAUUUGAGGUCACAGAUCACAUCUGUCUUGCAAGAAGACAAGGGCAGAAGCUUCCGCCCCAUUAUGGAAGCGAUUUGUCAUGCUGUUGGGCCUAAAGGGGAGCCGUUUGCCAUGCUGAACAACUAGACCCGUACGCACCUACCCAGCCUGGGGAUCUGGCCGCCAUGCCUCUCUGCAAUACAAAGCUGAUUUGUGGCCACAAAUCAGCAUCACAAAUUUCCGUUCUGAUAUGGGGAGGGGGGAUUUUUCAUUUUGAUAUCGCGUGGAGGCGCACACCGCGUCCUUCGCAGGAGCCUCGUCCUCUUCGAGUUCGUCGUCCUCCCAAUCGACAUCUUCUUCGCUAGCCACCGCGCUGAAAUCGGUCGUGGACGCGACUUAUCCUGUGCAAAAGUAUCGUACCCGUGCCCGUCGUAAUUGCAUUUAUGCAUUACAAAUUUCUUUCUCAAGGCAAAUCAGCAUUACGAAUUCCAUUUGUAAUGCUGAGAAAAUUUGUAAUGCGAUUUCUACUAGUACGAUGCUUUUGCAUUUCAUACGACUUUUCUCGCUGACAUGAUCUUUUUCUUCGACGAAGAAGCUCAAGCUGCAUCACAGGGAAUAAAUAAAGAGGUGUCCCUUUCAAGAUGCGGGAUCUUCGCUUCCCUAGACCACGCAGGUGCGUUCGCACAAAAAGUACAGCAACUCCAGGCCCAGCUGCAGGAUACGGUGGGGAUUACAUCGGCGUACGCAGUGAAAUUAGACGCGGUGUUGUUUAAGGCGGAGAACCAAGACGCGGACGCGUGGCGGGCGUCGGUUGCGGCGGAAAAGGCCAAGAAGGUGACGCAAAUCGCGGAGUUGGUGGAGCUGACCGUCGCCGCGGUAACUUUGCUUUCGUUAUUCCAGCACUUGGUGUACCUGUACCGGUUCGACUGCCAGAUUCUCGCGGCUGGCGAUCUGAACACGGAAAGUAGUGAAAUUUCCCUGCAGAAUUCGUUUGCUGCGAACGACAUUCCUGAUUUAACGCCUUUACGAACUGUUUUAUCCGAAUUAAACCGGUAUUUUCAACGUCAAAGCGCCAGUAGUACCGCAACUUCAACAAGUAACGCCUACCUUCUGUCCGGCGCGUGUGCACUCGGCGGGCCAACAGCUGCGUGUACUGCGAACCCAGCAAUCCAAAACAACCACCAAGUGUCCAGCGGGAACGAAAGGUGUUGUGCGACAGUAGGUGAUCGGGCGCGGCUGCAGGCGUCUUCCGGGGCACUCUUGCAUACGGCCCUGGAUUGCUACCGGACGCGGAUCCCCACGCAGUUGCGGCUUCCGAAUAGAAGUGUUGCAACCGCCACACUCGGCGUGGAUCUGUGCCACAGCUUUGGCCGGGCCGCGGGGGCGCAAAUUGCCAGCCUCGACGCGGACGACGGGCACCACAGCUUUGACCAACUUCAAACCGUCGUUGGGCGCGCGGUGUCUUCGCAGGCCGAAGCGUACGCGGCGGUUGGGGAAAACAAAGCGUGGCGGUUCCGCCGAUUAAGGCGAAGAUCGGGAGGACAAAGUGCAGCAGCUAGUACCUUGGUCCCGCAGGCCACCGAGGUGAACGACCCGGGGCCCGGUCACUGCUACGCCCCGUACAGCUGCAACGGCUUCGAUCCGAACUGUUUCCUGGGUUGCGGCAUGGGCGGCGGCAACUGUGCUUACACGAACGCGCCGCUGACGGGCGGAAUUUGGUUUGUGCGCGCCGCGGAUGGCGUUUCUCCCAUCGCGCCGGGGGUUUCCACAGCGCCGCACCCAGUCUCGUCCGCACACGCAGCCGUGGCAAACGACGGAACGACGCUUGUGGCCCCCCGGGUCGGCUUCUACUCCCGUCCGUGCGAAAUUGUGGAACUGCCGUGCAAGAGUCCUUUUCGAGACCAGGAUUGGACCAGAAUGGCCGCGUUGGUGGAAGAGGACAGCAAGGACAGCUCUGGUCCACCCGGCACCACGACUUCUUUACCCUGGCCUCUAGACCAGACGAACUUUUAUCCUGAUCUGCCUUUGUCGAGUUUUACCUCCCCCGCGCAAAACGGAACUGCCUACGGGUGCGAGGAGCGCAUCGCGGUACCCGCCGCCGUGCCCGCCGCUCUGCUUCCGUCUUCCGCUAGUCUCGGUAGUACUGGAUUCACGAUGGAGGCCUGGGUCCGCUUCCUCGAGCCGCUCCCCGAUGCCCCGUACGACGAUCCCCAGGGGCGGUUCGCGCAAGCCCAGCCGACGCAGGUGCUGCUGGGCCGGCUCUUCUACUUUUUCCUCGCGGUCAGCAGGGACCCCUCAUCUUCCGGGCACCAGUCCUCUACUACAACUGCUGUCCGGCUUUCCUUCUUCCACCGUGGACUCACGAUGAACAGAGGUUCCUUUCCGGAUCGCCGGUUGCACUCGGCAGCCUUUGCUCUGCCGCUUCUCACGUGGACGCACGUGGCCGUUGUUGUGCGUCGAGAGCAGGAUGAUCAUGUCGACUCCUCGACAGGAGCAGCAGGCUCUGGCUCUGGCACAUCGACGAGUGCAUCAGCACCCGCCUCCUAUUCCGUGACCUUCUACGUCAAUGGCGAGCAGCUGAGCGCACACGCAAACCUGGAAGAUCAAACGGCUACCCUCCCGCAAGAUGCGUCUUCCUGGAGCCCCGCCUCGUGGGCGACAGAGCUGCGAAAAGAGGUUCUGCACCUGGGUGGGUCCGUGGUUGCGGCGCACGAGCAGGCCGCUGCCGGGAAUGAAGCUCCGGAACAAACUACGAACAAUAUGCCGUUUCCCUAUUACGAGCCGGAUUUACCCAUUCUGGCGGACUUCGAACUGGACCAACUGCGGGUCCACCUGCGGGCCCUGCCUCCCGACGCACUGGGGUAUUUCACCACCCCGGCCGCCGUGCACCGGUCCUGCGGGACAACGAGCAGCGCAAGAGGAUUUUUGAGUGCGGGUAGUACUAGCGCAUCAACGUCCUCCUCCUCCUCGGCACCCAGCGCCGGGAAAGAGCACUAUGACUUGGGCACCUGCUUUCUCAACACUUUGGCCCUUGGUACGACGAACCUGCUUGCCGCCUCGGCGAGGACUAGUACCGGCGAUUCUACUGUCUGCGCCGCUGGGCACGAGUGGCUGCAGCACAAGUGCGUACAACAGUGCCCGCUCGCGCAAACGGAUACAGACAAUGUUCAAUUCCGCAGGGCGCGCAGCGUUUUGUUGUACUCCACGACCGCAACGUCCGCUUCUAGUACAGCAGCAGCAUCGUCGAACACCAACUUAAAUCGGUGCGAUUGCGUUCUGGGCGAAUACGCUGUCUGGGAGGUGACCGCCAUUCGCCUGCGGGGCGACGGGACCGUUACCUCCGUCGAAAUCUUCGACGAAAGUCUAGUUGAUGUGACCACCACCUUCCAAUCGGAUCCGCUCGACCUGAGCAGCCCGGCAUCAGGGCUGGUGUUUUCCACCACAAGCCAGAGUCAGCCGCAAAAGGUCGCGGUUGUUAGAGUAACGAAGGGUGCAGGGACCGCGACCAAAUUGCACACGGUCGAGGUGCAGAAGGCCGGGGGUUCGUGGCAGGUGGUGACCCAGCUGCAGGACCUCUCUCUAGCCAGGGGCGUCGUCUACCUGCACCACCAGCCGACGGCAAGUAGCGUAGACGUCUGCGCCCCGUGCCCGACGGCAAGCAUCGGCGUCUCCCAGCGCCCCCGGGACAACGUGUUCGCCUGUAAAUGCUCGGCCACGCAAGGACAAGACUCGUUGGGGCGGUGCCAAACAAAACGACAGGCGUUGGACCGCCCAAGGGCAACGAUUGUGACUGCUCAAGGUGUGUUUCAUGAGUAUAUGUUAACUUGUAGAGUCGCGAACAGCUUCGUAAAUUCAUGUCCAUUUUCGAUAUGGUUUAUCAUGUAUGUUCGUGUACUUACUUAUCUUCUCUAUAUCGCGCCCACAUGAAGACAUCACGCCAAAAUUUCUUCAUUCACAAUUCCAAAUUCCAAACAGAAAACGGUCCAGCGCAGCGGUUUGUUGCUCCGGAAAGCGAACUGCGUCUCGUAUCAAAUGCAAAAAUGUCUGGGUCUGGAUACUUGUAAUGCCAAAAGUGAAUGGAAGACGCACUGCAAUGCGCAGCUAUGCAAGACAACUUUUUUGGCUGCCAUGUCUUACGUAUUCCGCAUGGCAAGCUGCGUUUUUGCAUGACAGGCAAGAGGGCCUUUUCUCGCCUAUGCAACACAGAUUCUCGAGUCAUGCCAGACAAGCAUGACAAACUUGCAUUCUUCCAGACCCAGACAUUUUUGCAGUUCAUAUCUCGAGUUUCCGAGCAACAUCGACCCUGCGGUGACCGAUUUGGCGUUCGCGUCCAUCCGCUACGCAGUAGCGUACAGUGACUACACGGAAAGCCUCGACAACCCUUCCGUCCCGGCAGAGGUCCUGGAGUGCGACGAGUCUGCUACUGCGCAGCAGGGAGCAGGCUCGACUUCUACCGGUAGUACUUUUUCUACGGAGCAGUCUUCAGGAGCAAGUACAUCAAGUGCCAGUGGUGGAAGUACUACCAGUACAUCAUCAACCUCCUCCGACGCCACUUUCGUCUCACUUCGCCUGCCCGUGCUGCCCCACAAGAACAUGGUGGUUCGCGCCAUUGUGUGCCAUCCGCUGCUAUCAACUGUAAAAAUGUCUGGAUCCAAACUUGUGAUGCGCAUUUUAGAACACAGAAAAAUCUCUCAUGCAUAGGUAGCAAAAGCUGCCUGCUUUCUGUCACGCGGAAAUGGGGGACUUGUCAUGCGGAUUCGGCAUUGCGGAAGCUUUUCGAAACCUGUGGUGCUAGAGCUUCCAUGCCAGCCCUUCUGUGUCAUGCAAAAACAGGAUGACUCUUCCAGACCCAGACACUUUUACAUUUUAUAGCUGCACGCGAAGAGCGCUGUCACACAGCUGUCGUUUACCACCAAGGCAAAUCUCCCGGACGUUUCUUGCGCUGUCGUGACGACCGGGGGUGCGACGCCCGCCUCGGUUCUGAGCGAGGCACCAGAGGGAUUUCGACAAACGAGCAAUUAUGCGGGUGGUGGUGGUGGUGCUGGUGGUGUUACAACACUUACAACUGCACAAAAUGUUGAAGGGCAGCAACCACAAGGGGCUCUUGCGUAUGCGAACUCCGUGACGGUGCGCCUGGAAACUAACGUCGACCCGUUGUUAGUCCCCGGCGUGCAGAUCAAGUAUCUCCUAGACAAAAACGAAAACAGCAUAUUCGAUUACCAACACGUCGCAGGAGGGGCCCCCUCGGCAACUACUUCUACAGGAGCAUCAUCCACCACCACCGCUGGUACUAUCACCUUGACAACAGCCGGGCUGCGCACGGUCACGGCCUGGUCCACGCGCGUGUCCUACGAAAACAGCCGGCGCGUGUCCUGUGAAUUUAUCGUAGAGCACGCCAGCACCGCGCGCGUCAACUUCGAAUUCGGCGCAGCGACGCUCCCGUUUCGCCGGGGAUUCAGCAGCAACGACCAGGGCUACACGUUCCUGCUCGCUCCGCCCUCGGUGCUGGCCGAUAAAAAUUCCGCGGUGGCGCCAUCUCCGAUAUUGAACGAAAAUUCCGCACAGAAAUUACUGAUCAAGGUGAAGAGCAACCGGCAAGCAGCGAACGUUAAUAACGCAGAUGAUGACUCAUCAACAUCUCCGCAAUACGAGAUCCGGACGAAGAUUAUCCGAACAGAGCUCUUGUCGACCGUCCUUUCCUCUGGGCAGCUCCAGACAACUUCAACAUCUCAGCAAAGUAGUUCCCAACAAACUUCUGCAUCACCGUUGCAACUGGACAAUGGCCUGGUCGCCGACUUCGCGCAGGGGGGCGAAUUGCAGCUCGCGCCGGACUCACUCCUUGCCCGGCCGGGCGCGACCACCAGGGUAUCGGUACAAAGUACGAUCAAGGAGCCGCACAAGCUGUGGUCCCCGGUCCAGACCUUCAACGUCGUUUUGGUCCGCACCCAGUCGCCGCUGCCGAGUCUGGUGUUUUCCCCAACGGAGCAGUUGAGCCAAGUUUCGACCUCGCACCCACACGCGCACUGGUACCCGGACGAUCCGGGCUACAGAGUUCUCGGUGAUCAAAAGCACACCGUCGAGUUUCUUACAACAUCGAACAGCAACACAAAUUCUCUCGUCGCCCCGACGUUCCUGUUCGCGCUUCGGAAGCAAUCGGCUUUGCAGUUGAACCCUCCGGACCCGCCGAGCAGCGGGUUAGCAUUGUUGCAAGAUUUGAACUCCCAGAACUUCAGUAGUUUGUACGCGACUGACGCACUGCAACUCCCGAAGCAGCGGAAAGAUUACAACCUAGCGACCGUCCGCAACGACUGCAAUGUCGCAUCAAUUUCUUCUACAACUUCAUCAUCCGGGGGAUCUUCGGUGACCACCAAGAAGCAAUUGCGGUUUGACACACUGUGCUCGUUUGACCCCAGUCGCGGGAAAGUGACUCUCCAACUGGAUGACGAUGUCGCCCUGUACGCUUGGCACCGGGACAAACUCCUAUCUCCCGCCGCGGUCGGGCGGUCACCGGGGUCGCGGCGCCCGCCGGCGAACCAUCCGGAUUUUCACGCCGUGGCGCAACUCGUGUCCCAGGCCAGGAAAGUCGGCGACCGGCUGGUGCCAACGUUAGCGCUCGCGUCCUCUGGUGCAGAAAGCGGUUCUAGUGGGACAACUUCUGCAGCUUUUAACGCAGCUGGUUUGAAAUUCGUGUUGACCCAUCCCACCGCGGAGCGCAAGUACUGCGUCAAUGUGGUGCCGUUCUCCUUGGUAGGGGGAAAGGUGGUUCAGACGGUUUUUAGCGCAGGAGAAGCCGGUGCUGGUGAGACGAGCACGAGUGAUGUCACCACGAAGAACCGGUGUCUGGACAACCCAAGGCCGGAAAUAACGGAAGCUACGUCGAGUACAGCCUCAAACACCGUGGAUUUGAGCAUGUGGCAAUCCGUCGCUCCGCACGCCGGGCAACUGACGUUUGCAACGCAAGCCUUGCAUCCGCAACACAAUUUGAACCUCACCCUCUACACGACCGUGCGGCGACCCGGCUUUCUGUGGGCUUUGCCAAGGCUCGCCUCCGACCACGUGCUGCUCAUGCGGGAACGGGCGCCCGCGCCGAGGUUGCUGCGAUUAGGCGAGGCCGGGGUCGCGGAUAGUAAUAAAGGGAGAACUAGUAAGGAACACUACCUCCUCUGGUCGCCCGAGAUCUACUACGGAUUGCACGGAGAUGCAGAUGCAGAUCACACUGCACCAACAUCCUCAUCGGCUAGUUCUUUGCAAUUGUACAUGGCGAAAGGCGCCAGUAGCGGAAUUGAUCUAGAUACCAGUUCCUGGACUCACGCUUCGUACACAACCCUGCCCGCGCCCUCGUUGAGGGAUGUGGUCACCGUUACGGACGCCUUCACGCAAAACAUCAUUCCUAUCGCCACGUCGACAAGAACAGUUGAUCUCACUGCCCAAGGCUGUGCGUUCCCGAAAGUCUGCGCGGCCCCGAGUGACUCAAGAAGCAGUUUUGCUGUCGCGCGGGAAAAAGGAUCUGCAGAGAACGCGGGGAUUUUCUGUGCCUGGGUUCUGGGACAAGGCCUGCGCGAGUCGUUGAGUGUGUGCUCCUCGUCGGAGCCCUCGUCGGAACCGAGUGCUCUUUCUGGUUCUGUGGAAACGGAAGUGGGAGUGCGGUUAGAGGGAUACGCAACGGUAGGAACAACUGUUACUGGAGCAACUGUGGGCUCAUCGCCCACAACCACCACCACCGGACUGGUAGAUCCGUCGUCCGGCCUUCGUACCAUCUCUGCGGACGCUGUCGAAAUAAAACUGGACGUCACCGCCAGCAUUCCGGCCGGCAACGUGACUCUCGCUGUGACGGCAGAUCGACGCGGGUCGAGCGGAACUACAGGUUCAACCACAAGCAGCAAUGACGGAACUGAACCUCAAGAUCAAUCUGUGGUUCGUGAGGUCCUAUCAGCGGUGAAACUCACGGGAGCGCUUCUGAAGAAGCCAGUGAGGCUAUCAACGUCGGGCAGCAGCAGCAGCUCCUCUACCGAAAUAAAUUCCGUUGCGGGUGCAGCCUAUCGAAUUCGAUACUCGUUCCCGCUCGCAGAACUGAAUUCUCUGGAUACGCAACCGUCCUACGCGACCGCUGCAUCAAGUACUACCUCUGCAAGUGCAGUUUCAUCUCCCCCACACGACCUGUGGCGGCCCUUUGUCCAGUUUGCGUUACUCCUUCACCCCCCAGCGUCGGAACUGCGGCAGGCGCCGGGCAAGCAACCUGUCGUGUCGGAAAGCGGCAGAAAAUUCACUACCGCCGUGAAACUGCAUCCCGAAGUAUUUUUAAGUGGAGAUCAUCGUGAUGCUCCUGUGCUUAGCCCCCAGCAACCGAGUUUGUUUCUGCUGAACCGGCAAGGAAAACUUCCGGUGCCCAUCGCACUGGUAAGUACCACGCCGACGCAAUCCGGGCGGUUGUUGCAGUUCUCGUUUCCGCUGGAUCUGAGCUCGUCCGCAACUUUCCAGCCGACCUUCGUGUUCGCGGUCGGGAGGCGCUACGCGGACUACAGGGAGCUGGUGAAUUGCACCGCGUUUGAACAGGCAACCAAGCUUUCGUCAUCUUCUUCUUCUGCGAUUCUACAGAAAUCCGCUGCCAUGCUGGCGGGGGCGGAAAGUGAUGUACUUGGUGUUGUAUCUUCGUCGCCUAGUACCCAAGGAGCUACUAGUACCGAGCAAUUCGUUUUCGACUCGGAUACGAACUCGGCAGGAGGACAGCAACUAGCGGCAAACACGACGACGUCAUCGUCAGUGACGACACCAACUGCAGUUCGGAUCAACCGACUGCAAGGAGGGGACGACGCAAGGGUGUUGCGGGCCUGGACGCAGCCCGUGGUUACAAUGUCUUCAGGGGAAAUUAUAGGUGCAACUGGUGGGCAAACACAGCCAAUAAACUUCGCGCCGUUCUUUGGCGAGAACCCCGAUAAUCUUCACCAGCAGCAGACUCUUCAACAGCGAUCCUCGAGCAAAGAAGCGCAACCGCGCAAGCGGAAUGUGGACGUGCGUCAAACAGGGGCUGCAGGAUCAUCAACUACAACAGAAAUGGUACAUUAUCACCUGGACUUUCUACCCCCCGCGCCUUCCGGCGUCCGCACCGCCGCGUAUGACGUUUGCGUCCGCGCGGUUGUCGACGGGAGUCUGAACUACGAAAAUAGCCCAGUGGCCCACAUCCAGCUGGGCAGCGACGCCGACGCCUCCUGGUUCACGCUGUCGCAGACCGCGUCUUUACGGCUCAUCGUUCCUCAAUUCGACUACACGAAGCUCCGGGAAGAGGAGAAACUCAAAUUGAAAGUGAAGCAAAUCGUCCGCGACGAAUUCUCCUUACCUAGCCUCUCCUGGAUCACCGCAGUCACGCUGUCCGCCGGGAGUUUGCGGAUCGCCGUUGACUUUUCCCUGCCGACGCAAACUGAUAAAACAACAACCUCGUCGAGCAAGUACAAAUUACAGCGCGCGCAGGCGGACCGCGUGGCGAGGAGCAUUGAGGACUCGGGGAUUCUGCGCACUUCGGUGCAGCAGGAUGUUGAAGGAAGUACGACACAAACGGCGGAACAACUCUCGUACUCCGUUUCCCUCACUGCCUUUUACGGCAGUUCCGCGGACCUUUUUGCAACGGCGAAUGAGGCCGUGAACGACCCGUUGGGGAUUAGCGCUCCGCGACCAGGUCACGGAGGAAAUGGAAAUUCUACUUCCAACAGCGGCACAGAAGAGGAAGUAAUUCUGAACAUUGUCCUUUUUUCCCUUCUCUUUCUCUUCGCGAUUUUGUCCCUGUUCCUCUACAAACACCGAGUAAUCGUGGUCCAGAAGCUGAAACACUUUCUGACGACGAUAUGAGAGUGCACAACAUCCCCUCGUCCCCCUCGUUUCUAUAGCAUGAACGGCAAAAAUACAAGCAUCCGUAAGAGUGUCGGUUUUGCAUGACAAAUUUGCACAGUGCUAGAAGGCAGCAGCUGGAUUUGGGAUUUUGCAUUACAAAUGAGGGGGAGGGGGAGUUGUGCACUUUCAUAGACCAAACGGCAAAUCGCGAAGACGUCGAAGGUUUCGUCCGCGGAGCUUUUGGCGCAGGCGGAGAAGGACAUUCUUGUGGACAUGACGGACGUAGAGUUGGAAAUUUACAAAAAGCAAGAGCUUACUACAUCGAAAAAUAAACAAAACUUCUCCUCCAACUGGUACCAGCAACGGCAAAAUUUGAUCCCCGAGGGUUAUUGUGAGUAAAAAUGUCCCCACCCCAUAGUCAAGAUGGGAAAUCUGCAACACAAACCCGGAAGUUUUGGGAGUCACGCAUGACAAGUUCCGCUCUGUAUCGUAGUGCAGUUUCGCAAGGACAACCGCAUCAUAAAGCCAGCUCCUCAUCCUAUUUGCAGCAUCACAAAUUCCAAAAUACGAUUGGCAAUGGCUCUCAUGGGGAUGCGCAUUACAAGUCUUCCUGUCUUUGCAAAUCUGCAUUACAACUCUGUCUGGGGUGGGGACGUUUUUACUCAGGAUAAGGGUAUGUGCGUGUUCUGCGCGGGCCGCCGUCGCGCCUGCAUCCACGGGCUGAAGUCCCAACACGCUAAACCAAACAGCGAUGCCACGUUUUCUUGUUGCAACGAGUGCUUCCCACAGUGGUUCCCGCACUACAAAAACCGGUUGGAGGGAGGGGUUGACAAAAAAGGCGCGAACGGCAGUCGCGGCAAGGCGGGGGAUGAGAACCGAUUCGAGCUCACAGACGCGAACUUCAGGUGUGACGAAAUUCCGGGUCCCAUGCUGCUGCAGUUAGCGGAUGGUAAUGAGGGUGCUGGAAAAAGUGGCGUUGUGAAGAAGCAUGAAAAAAUGGAUGAUCAUUCCGCAAAAUCUUCAUCUUCCCCUUCGAUCGGCGGGGGUCAUGUUGUCGACGGGGAGGACAACAUCACCGAAAGUGGACAAGUCGAGGACCAAGGGAGCUGCAACUCGUCCGCUUUCUUGCAAGAAUCGGUCCUGGCGUCGGAGGACGAGGAGGAUCAGCAGGAAGAUGUUGAGUUCGGUCAAAGCGAAAACGGCAGUGGAAGCGAGAUCUCCGAGGAAGGUGGAAGUAGAGAGGAAAUUGUUGUUCCUCCGGCAACGAGAACUACCGAUACAAACGACGAGAUCGAGAGUAUCGUAUCCUCCGAUCAUUCCCAAGAAGAAGGAGAAGAACAAGAACUCCACGCGGUGACGAUUUUCGAAGCGGGAGAUCAACCCUUCAACCCCCGCGCGGAGCAGGAGGAUGAGGACGAUCUUGAGGAGGAUGAGCAGCAGGAGUUUAACCAGUAUGAGGAGGCCAGUGCUGGUGUCUUGAUGCUCGCGGAAAACAACUACAACACCAUUCCGGAGCUGCGACCAACAGAACCGUCAAGAAGAAAUAAGGAUCAACACUUGGCGAUAAAACAACAACAGGACGACUCCGUAAGCGACCUCGGAUCCGUCGCGGAGGAGGAUGUUGAAGGUGCGAUCGUAUUGGAGAAAGCUUCCACCUCCUUGGGAGUCGCGCACGAAGAGGCUCUCGAUGGUGAAGAAGCAACGUUCGAUCCGCGGGAACAAGAAGGAAAAGCCCUACACGACGACGGCGUUCCAACUCAAAAUUCUUCAGAGCCGCAAAAUAGAGCAAACAGUGCCGCCGGUGACGACAAGAAAAGAGCGCAGACAAAAGAUGAGCUACUGCAACAUCAGCCCGCAUUGCAUCCAGAUGAAAUCGUGCAGGUAGCUGAAAUCGUGCAAGACCAUUCCGCCUGCAAAGUCAUUUUCAACCCCGACGAUCUGGACACGGAGUGGGAUUUCACGGCUUUCACGAUGGACUGGGAGCAGGAGCUGCAUCUGUACGACUACGAAGUUGACUCUGGUGCAGCUGGAGCCGUGCCUGCUGCACUUGAUGUGGUAAACCAACCCCCGGCAAUCGCGACCGCGCGCCCGAGUCAAGUUUUGCCGCCGCCGAGUUGUAGUGUGGCGAUAGAUCUAGCGGCUGCAGCUGCUGGUGGUGGCCGAGGUCGCUUUCGGGGGUCUUCGUCAACUAUCGCUGGACCACGACAUCAAGAUCAAGCAGAACGAGAAAUAAGUGCCAACAAGAAAAAGACGAGAAGCAGCACCAGUCCGCAUUUGAAGAAGGCAAAGAAACGGAAGAACAAAUCCCGCAAAAGCAGUAGACACCGGCGUGGCUCAUCUUCGAGCAGCCUCGGCUCUUCUGGGGCGGCAGGUGGGCCGCGUGCUGAAAGUAGUUCCAGUCGACGCCGACGUCAUAGACGACACCAGUCCUCGUCGAGAGGGGAAGCGGGUAGAAGUACUAAGCGUGAAGACCACCACUUCGAAGCACAAGGAGACCAUGGGGCCGACGAGUCCUCGUUCCGGAGUCACGCGCAGCACAGCAGUAAAACAAGAGAUGCAGGAGGUCGUGGAGAUGGCAUGGAGAUUCACAGCGGCGACAUGACCAGUCCGAAUUUCUCUACGGCUUCCAAGACGCCAGUACAACACAGGAGCAGAUCCUCCAAGGGCGACAAGAAAAAGAGACAUAAGUCCAAAAAGAGUCGAAAAUCACACAACACCUCCUCCUCGUCCGACACAGACGAGCAUAAAAAUUAUUCCAGAAAUAUCGCACGAAAAAAGUGUCACAGUUACACAUUGUGUUGCAGGCCAAAAGAUUUUUUCGGUCGGUUUGCCAGCGUCUGACGUUGGCCGAUUUUGAAAAAUUGCAAAACUUUUUGUCUUUGCCUCAGCCGUUCUGCCGACUAUGAAUCGCUCCUCACCCGUGGUAAGGCGGUUUUUUGGAUUUUUUCGCUCGGUUUGGAAAAAUCGGACGCUGGCCAAAUUUCAAAAAUUGCAAGACUUCUUGUCUUUGCCUCAGCCGUUCUGCCGCCUGCGAAUCGCUCCUCAAUCGUGGGGAGGCGGUUUUUUGGAUUUUUUCGCUCGGUUUGCAAAGAUCGGACGCUGGCCAAUUUUGAAAAAUUGCAAAACUUUUUGUCUUUGCCUAGGCCGUUCUGCCGCCUACGAGUCGCUCCUCCAUCGUGGGGGACGGUUUUUUGGAUUUUUUCGCUCGGUUUGUGAGCGUUGGACGCUGGCCAAUUUUGAAAAAUUGCAAAUUUUUUUGUCUUUGCCUCAGCCGUUCUGCCGCCUACGAAUCUUUGCUCACCCGUGGGGAGGCGGUUUUUUGGAUUUUUUCGGUCGGUUUGGCAAUGUCUGACGCUGGCCAAUUUUGAAAAAUUGCAAAACUUUUUGUCUUUGCCUCAGCCGUUCUGCCGCCUACGAGUCGCUCCUCACCCGUGGGGAGGCGAUUUUUUGGAUUUUUUCGCUCGGUUUGCAAGAAUUGGACGUUGGCCAAUUUCCAAAAAUUGCAAGAGCACGGCAGACAAGCUCUGUCAUGCCGGAUAUGCAUCGGAGCUUUGUUUCGUCCGUGUUUUCCCGUAGGAUUGUUGCAUACGUAGCAAGUUUUCUCUGCUCUCAUGCAAAGAUAUUUGUGUUGCUGAAGCUGAAUUGAUAACAAAUGUGUAACUGUAACACUUUUUUUGUGUGAUGAGAAGACGCAUCAAAACCUCACACAAUUCCUCACGGAAACGAGAAAAGUCCAGCGAGCGCCGUACGAAGAAGGAGGGAAGAAAAGGUCGGGAAGAUGAGACCUAGAUAGAAUGACGCCCGCAUUUGUUCUCUCCUGAUGUUGGAAAGAACAACAUUUUUGUAAAAAAGUGCUUGCGCUGUAUAAUUUUUGUGCAUGAGGACCACCAUAGCAGAAACUCAAGCAAUAGAACAAAUGGUGUUUCGUCAACAUCAAAUGUGGCAGUUCGAGGUCCUCGUAUUUUAUGCUAAAAUCAAUGAACAAACUGAAUGCAACACCUAGAGAAGUCUAAAUGAAAAUUUUUCUUCGUCAGUUAUGUGGUACAGAAACAGAUCAAAAGUAACUCAGCAACACAGCAUUCAUUUUUCGAUUUCAUCAAAGUCAGAAAGGGACCCGCAGUUCCACAUCUCGCACGACAUUGAUGGCUAUGUAUGAUCAAUCCUAAACCUUUUGGUAUAUUUAUGUUGUUGAAGACCAAAAUAAACCAAUGACGAAAAUUGCAUUAUAUCUUCGAAAUCGAAGUUGUAGUAAAACUAAAACAAUGACCAUGACGCUUUCAAAAACUAACACGCUGGGCAUGCGCAAUGAUACUUCUUUUUUUGAAACGCUGCACAACUUUCAGCUUCACUCGUCCAGUCUCAUGU